UCUGUAUAAUCGCAAAAUAAGCAUUUUUCAGACAAGAAAAGUAAUUUAUCGGUUUAUACACAGUUAACUGGACCACAUUAACCAACGAAUUCAACCAAAACGCACUUUGUUGUCCAUCAUUAGUACGAAAAGAGUAACGAUGACAGAGAUCAAUGAUAAAAGCAUUUUUUUCGAAGAACUAUCGACGUUUGAGUUGGUCAUGCCCGGUGGACGUCGAGUUCCCUUCAAAGACAACGAAACACUGCUGAAGAUGCUACGAAGUCAGUACCCAAGAUGGACACAGAGAGGUGGGGUGACAUCCGUUCCCACAGCUAGGGUACCACGGCUUUUUUUACACAAUGUACAGAUGUCCACUGACAUGCAAAAGGAGUUUAGCUCUCUUCAGAAGGGCGAAACGGGUGAGAUCAAAGUGUUCAAGAUGCUUCUGGAUUCGUUCGAUCCAAAUCACGAAGGAAUGAUAGUAUUCCCAAAUUUAAACGGACGAGAACUCUUUGCAACAAAAAUUGCUCAUGUUGAAAUAGACACUGUGAUAGUUCAUCCACGCAAAGGUGUGUUUGUAUUCAACGUCAAAAAACAAGGAGGCAAAGGCCUGACUCCUAAGAAGAUAAAAGACGACAUACAAAAACACGGAAACUUUCUAAGGAUGCUUCUACAAUAUGGUCAGGCAGAACUAAACGGCAAUCCCGUUCCCAUCCAUAAUGUUUUCUGCUCUUUGCACGACGACAACAAAGUAAAAUUCCAUGAGCUUCAAUCAAAUGAAGUCCCGCAUAGCCGUACAUUAAUAUUCACAAAAAGCGACCUCAGAGUAGAACAUUUCGCCACGAAUUGGCACGAGCAAUUGUCUCAACUCGACGACUUUGAAAUGGUGGAGCAACUAGAAGUGCUAGUGGCACGUUUGGUUGCUCUAAGCUCUUUCGAAGGCUCGCUUGCUCUAAUUCAUAAUCAAAUGAGCAUGAACUACAUGCAGACUGUCUCGAAAACAAGCCAGUCUAAAUUUAUAAAAGAAGUGCAAAGCUUGAAUUAUCUCGAUGACACGACCAAAGAAAAACUGAAAAAAGCUACGCAGGCGCAGCACCACGGUCACGGUUCACAGAAAAAACGGUUCAUUAUAUGGACAAACGACCAAAUUAACAUCAUUUCCACAGUAUUCCAGCGACUGGUAAAAACGAUUUCACCAGGAGAGGAAAACGAAAAGGGCCUGAGAUUGAUAGUGACCGGAUGCAAGGGCUCUGGAAAGACCAUGUUGCUCACAUUUAUAGCCAAAAUGGCUCAGUGUAUGUUUGAGGCCGAAACCAGCAGCUCUGCAGCUGCAACCGAUGGGAAUUCAGACAUUGGAACAGAAACUGGCAGCGGAAUCGAAACUAAGAUUGGCACUGGGGUCGAGAAUCCACCAACAUUACCAUAUGCAACUGAGUAUGAUACCAAUGAUGAAAACUCGACUCAAAUUCAAGCACGAGACAAGCCAGGAAAAGUGCUAGUUUGUGAUGGAAGUUUCAGUUCCCCCGUCCUUACUACACUUUUGCAGACGAUGCUCAACUCAACAGCAAUAUCUGUUUACACUACACCAGUUGUCGGACAAGAGUUCCAGACAUUGCAGACGUUUGACGAGGAAAACGCCAAAGUUUUCCACGAUAUAUUCAAACGCAGACUAAAAUCGUGCAAACUAUUACUCUGCGAUGAAUUUAGACACGAUAACCACGAAUACCUACUCGGAGAUCUGAGAGAUGAUCAACACUGUGUACUGUUUGCAUCUGCAAAAGAUGAAACGCUUGACAGCUCUUACCAGCACAUUCACCUUGGCGCAUCUCUCAGGUCCACUAGUAAAAUUGCCCAAUUUGCAGACUCAUGGCUAAAGAGCAGCAGUUUACAGAACUUUGAAUUCGAGUGCAAGCCUGCGCAUAACUUUGACGGAGAGAGACCUGACAUUCGAAUAUGUAGGCGGCCGACAGACAACUCAGAUUCAGAGAUUUUGGAGUUAUUCAUCGAAGAGUCGGUAUCCACUAUCGUCGAAUAUGCAGAGAGAUCAAGAGGCCUCGAAAUUGUACCAGUGGUCCCAUUUAUCGAUACCGAGAGCAGGAAAAGAGUGCUUGAAGGCCUUGAGGCAAGAGGUCUAGAGCAGUCCAAGCUACUCUUAUAACGCAACAGAAAC